AUGGGUCUCUCCAAGUUCUUUCGCCGAGCGCUUGUAUGCUUUCAGGCUUCGGACGAUACCGACAAUCGCAGCAAUGCCAACUCGAAGACCAGAAGUGCAGACGAGGCAAAGGAGAAGGAUCAGUCCAGCGUUGUAGAGGCUCAGACGGCUGUUGGAGCGCAACACGGCGAUCAGCAGAAGAAGACCGAAGAAGAGAACGCAACCAAAAAUCUAGCAGACGCUCCAGCUCAGCAAACUGCCUCGACUCCAACUGGCCCCGAUCAGGCCAUCGUCGACGAGACCGCUGUGACCGCCGUGGUCACACAGAGCAGCAUCCCCAAGUGCGAGUGCGUCCACUUGAGAAGAAAACUCCUCUCGAGACGCUACGAUUUCGAUGAGGGUUACAUGUUCACCGAACAGCCCAUCUCCACUCUCAAGAUGACGCACGAAGUCGCACUUAGUCUUCCCUCCGGCGAAAGAGUGACUGCCAGUCAAAUCGACCACGCUAAUAAAGCUAAGAUCAUUGAAGACCUCAGCCCAUUGGCGCGGGGCGAUCUCAAGCUGAACUGUGUGUAUAAUCGCAUCGAAGAGAAGAAGAUGCUUGGACCCUAUCGCGCCAAGAUCACUGCCAAAGGCAUGCCCUUUCUACCUGUCUUUUGGCUUUUUGAGGACCUAAUCACCAACCAAAGCCUAGAUGAGCUCAGGCGCCAGAUUCAAAGCUACGUCGAUCGCAACAUCGGAACCCUUGGUCAAUGGCGGGUUGUAUUUGCAAGCUGUCGCUAUACUGCUUGCAUGAAUGCAUCACAGUCGAUCUUCACCGGUAAUGUUCUCGUUGUGACCGACGCCGAGACAAUGUACUCUGCCCGUAUUAUUCCUCCUGCCUUCCAGGAUAUCCAACCUCGCCGCCGCUACACGGCCGAGCUUCCCAUUUAG